AUGAAGAGGUUUGAUUGUCAAUGGAAUGGCCAAGAAGGAAGUGUGUCCAUCACUGAUGAUGCCCUGAUCAUCUAUCCCUCUGUGGAUGGUUCCACAGCUGAACGUUGGAGUGAAGAUGACGGCGAAUUAACAGGAAAUGGGUAUGUUGAUGGCAAUGUUCUUUAUGAGGAUGAGAGUGACAGCGAUGAUGAUUGCGUGACUUUGGAGGGGGUCGCUACUACUGGUACCAUGAGUGUGACUUGGAAAUGGUGGACAGUGACCAAGGUGGUUCAUGUGAAAAAGACGCGUUUAGUGAUUUCUUUUCGCAAACCAGAGCAAACCAUGGAGCUUCGAUUCAGGACUCUGCUGGGACAAGAAGAAGCCACCAGUCUCAUGUUGAGGGCACUCAACAUGGACAAGCAAAGGAGGACAGUCAGCACCAAUAGAUCCUUCUCUGCCAAGGUCAAGGAAGGACUCCAAGAGGAAGCUCCCCGCGAAGAAUCCACACGAGACAAAGGCCAGCCAGUCGAGGACAAUAAGCUUGUGGAGGACAAGUUUGACGACGAGGAUGUUUCACAGGUCAGCGGCAGCCUGACAGGCAAGACAAACUACCUUGGGAAUGGCAAGGUGGUGGAAGAGCAAGAGAUCCACUGCAAGAAUUCCCCCAACACUGUUACAACAACCAACAAUGAUGCGAAAAUCAUGGCGCUAAUGGAAGAACGCAUCCGGCUCCUGGAAGAACAAACACACAAAGAUGAGCGAAUCACAGAAUUGAUGACACGCAUUGAAAAGCUCGAACACAACACCAAGGACCUAGAUGAUACUUCCAUGGAGGGACACUCGCCCUCCCUGAUAAAACGAUUGGGGCAGUGCUUGGUCCAACAUGUGCGCACCAUCUCCAACGUUGUCUUUACCUGGAAGACGGCACUCCUUGUGGUUUUGGUGACUUUGAUUUGCCAGAUUUUGUUUCUAAUGAUAUACACCUCCCUGACCCGAAACGAUUGCAUGACUGUCAUCAGUAUGAUCGACGAAGACUGGAGUGUAGAACACAUCACAAAUCAGUACGAUCCCAGCAACGGGCAAUUCAUUUGCAGUACGUCCACAAUCAACAUGCAAACUUACUUGACAACAAAUGAAAAGUACCAGCAGUUCUUCUCUCAGGAACAUGGACACUCCGACACAAUUGUGGAUCUUUCGAGAUUUGGCUACGACUUUGCUGCCCCUGGCUGGAAGGGAAUUCCAACUCAGUUGCCAUUUGGACCAAUCUUCGACCCCAACAACAUUGCCCAAGACCAGACCGGGCAUUGGCAUCGGUUUUCUCAAGACGCUCUUUGGAACGACGAAUACUAUUAUUAUUCAGGCGCCUGUGCCGAAGCUUGUGCCACUGUUGUUGCUGACUUUGGAUUCCACGCUUACAAUCCCAAAGAGCAUACCUAUGACUGUUGGUGCGGAUAUGAUGACAACAACAACAACAGCAACAACCAAAAUGUAACAUCACGUGUUUGUCUUGCCAACUACAACACCUCAAUUCACAAGUACCAUGAUUGCACUGUCCCAUUGGUACCGGGAACAGACCGGCCCAGUGUGGAGGAUUUCAUGGCACAGCAAAUUUACAAUGAUGACUACCUGGAUUCGGAACUGGACCGGAAAUUCUUUCACAGUACCAAUUCUACAGAAUACUUUCUUUGGAACGACACGUUCUUUCGAUCGGCCCCAAUUGUGGUCUUCUCCAAACGUCAUCUAAGUUUGUUUGAUGACUGCAAUGAAAGUGAGCUAAAAGAUCUUUGCCAGUUCCCUGGUGAUCUUGAUGCUACCAACAGUUCCAAUAGAAAUGUGCCCACAGGAGAGCCCAUGAUUGACACGGAUGAACGUACCUGGGGAGAUGACACCUUUCUAGGCGACAGGUAUGCAGCUGGUAAGUGGGUACCGUGUUCCCUGUGGCCCCUUUCCUGUGAAGACUACAACAAGAAUGCCGAUGUGUGUGGCGGGCAAGAUCAAAUCCGAUGCGGGCUUACUGCAGAACAGCAAUCAGAGACCCAACAUCAACAUGAGAUUUGGUGCGAUGGCCUUCUUUCUAUACACUAUGUCACUUGCCCUGGCCUCCUCGUGGCUCUUGGCGCCAGCAUGGGGUACCUUGUCUAUGUGGAAGCUGCCGUUGUGGGGACCAUUGCUGUGAUUUACACGUGCGUGAAGAAACGGAAGGAAAACCAUGAAACAGUGGUGACAACGGCUGCAGUGGGGGGUUCCUUUUGGGAUGCUUUACUCCGAGGAUAG